AUGCUUCCUAUGGCUGUUCUUGUUUAUGUUUCUUUACUGUUCUCUGUUUCUUACUCAACGUUUGUCAUCACAAAUAACUGUCCGUUUACUAUUUGGCCCGGCACUCUUUCAGGCUCUGGCACCCAGCCACUACCCACCACAGGGUUCAGGCUUGAUGUGGGACAGUCUGCUAGGAUUCCCUCGGUUCUAGGCUGGUCAGGUCGCAUAUGGGCUAGAACCGGCUGCAACUUUGAUGCUAACGGUGCUGGAAAAUGUAUGACUGGAGAUUGUGGCGGGAAGCUGGAGUGCAACGGUAAUGGUGCUGCUCCUCCGACAUCACUUUUCGAGAUCACGCUUGGUCAUGGCUCUGAUGACAAAGAUUUCUACGAUGUCAGUCUCGUCGAUGGGUAUAACCUUCCCAUAGUUGCUCUCCCAACAGGUGGUGGACUGGUGGGAGCUUGUAAUGCUACAGGAUGUGUUGCUGAUAUCAACAUUAGCUGUCCAAAGGAGCUUCAAGUGAUGGGAGAGGAAGAGGAAGAGAGAGGAGGAGUUGUUGCUUGCAAGAGCGCUUGUGAGGCCUUUGGAUUGGACCAGUAUUGUUGCAGCGGUCAGUUUGCUAACCCAAACACAUGUCGACCGUCUUCAUACUCUACCAUCUUCAAGAGAGCUUGUCCUAGAGCUUACAGCUACGCCUUUGAUGAUGGAACCAGUACUUUUACUUGCAAGGCUUCUGAAUAUGCCAUUAUCUUCUGCCCUGGCAGGGUAAAAAGACCGAGCAACCAAAACUUGGAUCCUCCGAGCCCGCCCCAGAAUCCAUACGGGCAACCUAUGGCUCCCCCGACUCAGAAUCCAUACGAGCAACCUAUGGCUCCCCCAACCCAGAAUCCAUAUGGUCAACCUAUGGCUCCCCCAACCCAGAAUCCGUUAGAGCAACCUAUGGCUCCACCAACUCAGAAUCAGUAUGGUCAACCUAUGGCUCCUCUGACUCAGAACCCGCCUGGAUCAAAUCAGAAUCAGAACGGGGGAUCAGUGACUCCUCCACCUGAGAAUCAGGAUGGGAAUGGGCAGUUCAUGUCUCCUCCCACUGUGAAUCAAGAUCCAAACGACCAGUUUAUGAAUCCCCCAAUUGAGGAUGUAAUGGGGAGGGUUGCAGAGACUCGAUCUUCGUCCCACAUUCUUCGACCUUACCCUGUUUUGUUGAUUCUUGGCCUCAGUCUAACUGCUUUGAGGCAAUCAGGCGCGACAUGA